AGGCGCGCGCCGCCAAUGAGUGGGCCGCGGGGGCGGGCGCGGCGGGGCGCGAGCGGCGCCGCAGGCCGGCGGCUGGGGCACUCGGCGGGGAAGUGGCGCAGCAUGAUGCGGCUGUGGCGCUCGGCGCUGCUGCGGGAGCUGCUGCGGCUCAGCCAGCCGGGGGGCCCCGCCGCCGGCCCCGGGCGCCUCCCGCCGCCGCUGGCCGCCUUCGGCGCCAGCCCGCCCGCCUCCCGCCGCGGCCCGCGGCUGCCGGCCGCGCGGGGCUUGUGCACCCGCUCGGAGGGGGCCCUGGAGGAGCCGGGCAAGGCGGCGCAGCAGCCGCCCGCGCCCCCCGGCGAGCCCCCGGCCGGCGGCGGCGCCAACAACAACCACGGCGGCGGCGGCAAGGAGCUGGCCGGAGGCGGCGGGGGGGAGAACAAGGUGAAGCAAGGUCUCCUGCCUAGCUUGGAAGAUCUUCUCUUCUAUACUAUUGCGGAAGGGCAAGAAAAAAUACCAGUUCAUAAAUUCAUUACUGCACUCAAAUCUACAGGAUUACGUACAUCUGAUCCCAGGUUGAAAGAGUGCAUGGAUAUGUUAAGACUGACCCUUCAAACAACUUCAGAUGGUGUUAUGCUGGACAAAGACCUUUUUAAAAAGUGUGUACAAAGUAAUAUCGUAUUGCUCACUCAAGCUUUCAGGCGGAAGUUUGUCAUUCCAGAUUUUAUGUCGUUUACUUCGCAUAUUGAUGAGCUAUAUGAAAGUGCUAAAAAACAAUCAGGAGGAAAGGUUGCUGACUAUAUUCCACAACUGGCCAAGUUCAGCCCUGAUUUGUGGGGCGUGUCACUUUGCACAGUGGAUGGGCAGAGGCAUUCUGUUGGAGAUACCAAAGUUCCAUUUUGUCUUCAGUCCUGUGUGAAGCCUUUGAAAUAUGCUAUUGCUGUUAAUGAUCUUGGCACAGAAUAUGUGCACAGAUACGUUGGUAAAGAGCCUAGUGGAUUAAGAUUCAACAAAUUGUUCCUGAAUGAAGAUGACAGGCCUCAUAACCCUAUGGUGAAUGCUGGAGCAAUUGUGAUCACAUCCUUAAUCAAGCAAGGAGCAAAUAAUGCAGAAAAAUUUGACUAUGUGAUGCAAUUCAUGAAUAAAAUGGCGGGUAAUGAAUAUGUUGGAUUCAGUAAUGCUACUUUCCAGUCUGAAAGAGAGAGCGGAGAUAGAAACUUUGCGAUAGGCUACUACUUGAAAGAAAAAAAGUGUUUUCCAGAAGGCACAGAUAUGGUUGCUAUACUAGACUUCUAUUUCCAGCUUUGCUCAAUAGAAGUAACGUGUGAAUCAGCAAGCGUGAUGGCAGCAACUCUGGCUAAUGGUGGCUUUUGCCCAAUCACUGGUGAAAGAGUUCUGAGUCCUGAAGCAGUGCGCAAUACCCUGAGUUUAAUGCAUUCCUGUGGCAUGUACGACUUCUCAGGGCAGUUUGCCUUCCAUGUUGGUCUUCCUGCAAAAUCUGGAGUUGCUGGUGGGAUUCUUCUGGUUGUUCCUAAUGUUAUGGGCUUGAUGUGCUGGUCACCUCCUUUGGACAAGAUGGGCAACAGUGUUAAAGGGAUUCACUUUUGCCACGAUCUGGUUUCUCUGUGCAAUUUCCAUAACUAUGAUAAUUUGAGACACUUUGCGAAGAAGCUUGAUCCUCGCAGAGAAGGUGGUGAUCAGCGGGUAAAGUCUGUGAUAAAUCUGCUGUUUGCUGCCUACACGGGGGAUGUGUCUGCGCUCCGGAGAUUUGCUCUAUCAGGAAUGGAUAUGGAACAAAGAGAUUAUGAUUCACGAACAGCAUUGCAUGUGGCAGCUGCGGAAGGACAUGUGGAUGUUGUUAAAUUUUUAUUGGAAGCAUGCAAAGUGAAUCCUUUUCCCAAAGACCGAUGGAAUAACACUCCUAUGGAUGAAGCUUUACAUUUUGGACACCAUGAUGUAUUUAAAAUUCUUCAAGAAUAUCAGGUCCAAUACACACCAUCAGAAGACUCCAACAAUGGAAAGGAGAACCGAACGGUUCAUAAAAAUCUAGAUGGCUUACUAUAAUCAUCCUCAGCUAGAUCCUAAGAAUCAAAUCACUUACCUAUUUAAUUGUGGUAUACAUAAGUAAUGAAGAGCGUGUGUGUUUCUAUCUGAUAGUGGUAUAUAUUUUACAGAAGUGUCUGUUACUUCAGUGUUAUGUUACAGGAGUUUCUAUACGCACAGGACAAAUCCAAUCUCUCAAAAGACAGAACCAAGUAAGAAUCUCCCUCCAUAAUGUGAGCAAUAUUACCUCAUGCUGCAUACAAUUGAUGUAUAAAAAUAUUUAGCUGUUGUUGGCUUUACUGUGCACUACUUAAUUUAUUUUUGUGUUCUGUGUGAACUCUAGUCUGUGGUCACAAAUUUUCGGCUGAAUUCUUGUUUCUAGAGCCCUGUGUUUCCAGUAUGGCCAAGCUGAGCCGGAGUACUGUCAGGUCUAAGUGUCAGUGAGGUUUUUUGAGAGCUGAGGGUGCUGAUGUAGAUGUAGGCUGGGUGUGUUAAGGAAGGAUCUGCACUCAGCUUUAUAAAAAGAAUUUCCACACAACCUUGUUUACAUAAUAUAAAUAUCAAAAGAAUAUAUUGGCGACAGUUGUCAAUGGUCUAGGCUUGUCCUUAGAGAGUCUUGUCAGGGAAUCUGUUUUAAGGUUUGUUUGACCAAAUGGCACAGAGGAGUGUGACUUGUAACAUCUAACAGUGUCUAGUGUUCUUUUGAGGUGUUUUUUUCCAGAUCCCUUUGUCUAGUUUCCCUCCCCUCUCCAUGUUCAGCUGCUAAUGUACUUCCUCCUCGACUGGGGAAAGCGGGUGCUUCCACUCUAUGCAGUUGUGUUCCUUGCAGUACGUUUGCACUACAGCAAGCCUUGACAAGCUGCAAAAACCCCAUUUUGGGCUUAGCUUUGUUCUUGGCAGUUACACCAGGAACCAGUGAGGGGAAUGUAAGUAUGUGAAAGGCAAGGUACUAAACCAAAUAUUAUAUGUAGAUCUGAUUUAAUUUAGGCUUGUAAUAAGGAACACGGAUGGAGUGAAACAGCUUUAAGGAGCAUAGAGCCAAUCAAAGCAUGAGCAGAGCAGGAGAUAAGCCAAAUUUUGGGUAUGCUCUCAUGUGCUAGGAUCAACCAAGGAGCAGGAUAUUUAUAUUGGUGGAAUUACACUGGUGUAAAACAGGAGCAGCAGUUCAGCAAUAGGAGCGUAAUUCAGUGAUUCCUUUAGUGGUGAACUGUGGCCACUAGCGCCAGCGUGGCAUGUGCUACAUCAUGGGAAAUACAGUUGCAGAUACUUGCUGUUUGCAGAACUACUAUGUUAUGCCAGUUCCCUAUCCCAUGUGCAAUUGUUUUUACCAAUAAAGUGGCACAAAACCUCAAAAGUGAGCAUGUAAACUUGAGACUUUGACAUUCACAAAACACGACAGUUGUUGGACACAGAUUUUAGGCAUGAAUCAUGCAGCACAUGGAAAAGGAGAUUACACUUGAGAAUUGAAUAUAUGGCUAUUUUUAUCCUAACACACAAUGUACAAGUCAUUAAUAGAUUUUGCAGUUCAGAUUCUCUGUGUUUAGGCACCAAAAUCCUCCUGAAAUAAUGGCUAAAUUAUUUUUUAGAAUGGUGCAGGCACUUUAUACAAGUAAUCUGAACCACACUGUCCUUCUUUUGCAAAUGGGAAAAUUGAGGCAUAAAGAGAAGUAAGUUCCCUGGAAUGACCCGGCAGGUCGGUAUAGUUCAGAGUAAAUCAUCUUGAGUUCCUGUACAGUCCUCUAGUCAAUUUGCCAUACUGCCUCCUCCAGGGAGGAAAAAUCAAAUGGAAAAGUGCUUGAUACUCAUCACAAGUAAUGACUGAUUUCAUGAUGGUAUCUUGGAAGAGUCCGAAAGUCUAAAGCCCUGAAAUCACAUUUCCAAGCUUGCCAGCAUGGUUAUCAAACACUUUUUCUCCAGAAUCUUACUGCUCUUAAGCUGCUUUUUUUGCUGAAGAUCAGCUAUUUUUCUGAAGACUUGAUAUCUUUCAACUUGUUGUUUUCAUGUCCUGUGUCACAGCCACCUCAGUUCUAAUCAAGAACUAGAAGAAAUGGCCUUUGGCUCCUUAUUGGGCCAGACUGGUCGCUGCUAAGUAGCACAGGGCCUUUUUUUCUCCUGCACCCUAAACUAAAUCCCAACCUGCUUUCUCUGGCAAGAGAUCCAUCAAAAUUAGUAUAGAGGAGUAAAGUCUUUCAGAUGGACUGUAGUUUAGUAUUCUAUAUCUCACUGCUAAUCUGAUUUUUUCCAUGUUUUUUUCUAUGAAAACUUAUCCUCUAGGUUCUCAGAAAAAUAUCUGAUUUAGUUUUAUUUAACUAAAAUUAAAUAUGCAUUGCUCAAACUGACAUUUUAAAAAAGUCAGGUAUAUUAUACACACACACACACACAUAUACACAUAUAUAUAUAUAAAAGAAAAACACAAAAAAGAAGGCAUUUUAACUAAGUAACAUAAAGAUCAUGGCUGUCCCUGAACUUAAUGCUUUCCUGAAUCAUACUGAAUGCUUUUGGCCAGAGUCUUAGCUUCAGCGCAUUUCUGCUGGUUAGUUUUAGUAUUUUCUCAUUAUGAGAAGAUGCAUUACUUUGUAAUGCAAUAGUGUCCAAUUUAGUGGUUAUUUAGACAUGGAGUUACUUAUAAUAUAUGCAGUACAUUGGUUUGGCUGUUCGUCUUUCAUGACACUGACAUAUAGAUUUUUAACGUAAAUAGCUUUUGGUUAUCUCAUCAAAUGCUGACUUCCUUAUGCUCCAAAGAGGAUUUUCCCCCACUCCUUUCUUUUAAUGUCAUGUACGUGCUUCUGUAUCACAAACUAAAAUGGUUAAGCUAACUUAAUGCUUUGUACACAGAAAUAUUGUGCUAGUCUUAGCAUUAAUUAGCCUAUCUUUGUGAACAAAAUGUAUUGUUUUUUGGUUUUUUUUGUUGUUUUUUUUUCUUCAGAGCUGGGUGGGCUAUCAGUGACCAUACUUACUGGCAGUGUACUUCUGGUCAUUGUAACUGGUUGGGCUGAUCUUGACUUCUAGAUUCUGUAUUGUGGGGAAUAGACAGUGAUGAAUGUAUUUCUAGCAGUUUCCCAUGAAUGAAUCUAAAUUUGAGCUGUACUGGUUCUGAAAAUGAAAGUUAUUUAUUUUAAGAAAUACAAUCCAGAUGGUGUUGCUUUUUACAGCAUAAUAAAUGGGAAUACAAAGAA